AUGGCCUAAAUGGGGCUCAUAGGAAAAUGCAUGAGCAAACCACCCAUCUACUUACUGACUUCACCAAACCACAUAAAUGUAGUUUUAAAUUGUGACAAUAUCAUUGCUGCCAACUCUGCUCUAUCUCUUUUGUGGAUCAAUGAAAUUUCACAUUCAUUAAGAAAAUAAGUUAUUCUUAUAUAAUAUUUUAAAAAUAAUAUAAAAACUUCCCCCGGGUUUUUUAUAAUAAAUAAUCUAUUUUUUAGGUUUAUUGAAUAACUGGUAUCUAAUCUAUAAUAUAGACUAAAUACACUAGUUAUUCAAUGAACCUAGAAAAUCAAUUGUUUCUUAUAAAAAGAUCCGAAGGAGUAUAGUAACUUUUUAGUUUUAUUGAAAAAUUGAUGUAUUAACUUUUGUUUAUACUAACAUAACUUUUUUUAGUUAUUUAUAUUUGAGACAUGAAGUAUCAGCUCUCUAGGUAAGAGUAGUAAAAGGUCCUGCACACUGCAAUCAAGGUCCAGUCACUAUUUUGAACCCCAAAAAAGGACUAAAAGCUUGGUUCUAUGGAGACAAGAAAAUCAGUGUUUCUUUCCAUAGCAGUUUCUUAUUUUUGUAUAUUUUAUGUUUCAUCUGUUAAAGCUAGUCUCUCUUUCGACUUCUAUGAAGCUUCAUGUCCACAAGUUGAAUUAAUUAUAAGAAACGCAGUUAGUUCUUCCUCUUCUGAUGACCCUUCCAUUCCUGGAAAGCUCCUUCGUAUGGUUUUCCAUGAUUGCUUCGUAGAGGGAUGUGAUGCAUCUUUGAUGCUACAAGGAAAUAAUACAGAACAAAGUGAUCCGGGAAAUAGGUCUGUUGGAGGAUUUUCUGUUAUAGAAUCAGCAAAAAGAGUUCUCGAGGUUUUCUGCCCCGGAACUGUUUCUUGUGCAGACAUAAUUGCUCUAGCAGCUAGAGAUGCAGUUGAAAUUGCCGGUGGACCAAGGAUUCGGAUUCCUCUAGGUAGGAGAGACGGAAUGGUUUCAAUUGCUUCAAAUGUUAGACCCAACAUUGUGGACACUAGUUUUACUAUGGAUGAGAUGGUUAAGCUCUUUGCUACUAAAGGAUUGUCCUUACUUGAUCUGGUCAUUCUUUCAGGAGCUCAUACAAUAGGAACAGCUCAUUGCAACACAUUCAGGGGUCGUUUCCAACAAGACGCGCAGGGAAAUCUUAAGCUUAUUGAUCAAACACUUGAUACUAAUUAUGCUAAUCAGCUAAUGAAACGGUGUCCAGUAAAUGCACAACCAUUUGUGACAGUGAACAUUGAUCCUGAAACAUCUAUGUUAUUUGACAAUCAGUACUACAGAAAUGUUCUGGCUCACAGAGUUCUGUUCCAGUCCGAUUCUGUUUUGUUGAGCGACAAUAAGACUAGGCAAAUAGUGGAGGAUUUUGCAAAUGAUCGAAAACUUUUCUUCGACAAUUGGGCCGUGGCAUUCGUGAAGCUAACCAGUGUUGGUGUAAAGACAGAUGAAGAAGGUGAAAUUCGACGAACUUGUGCAGCAACUAAUGUAUAAGAGAAUAAAAAUGGUGCUGUAACAAAGGUUAUGGAAAACAAUAUCCUUUGUAAAUGAUUUUGUUUGUCUUGUUUCUUUCUUUCUCAAUUCUUUGUUGUCCUCUCAUAUAUUCAUUGUGGCCUAGUUUGACCAAUGUAAAAUCUUAAAACUUGAUAAUGA